GCCGUCCGCGGCGGGCUCGGGGCGGUGGGUCGGCGCGGACCUCCAGUCAUGAGGUCCGGGUAGGGACUCCUCCGCCGCCGCGCGGCCGCGAGCCCGUGUUCGGGGCCAGGCGUGAGGAGACUUUACGAGAUGCUGCUCUCCAUAGGAAUGCUCAUGUUGUCAGCCACACAAAUCUACACCAUCCUGACUGUCCAGCUCUUUGCAUCUCUAAACCUACUGCCUGUAGAAGCAAGCAUUUUAGCAUAUAAUUUUGAAAAUGCAUCUCAGACAUUUGAGGAUCUCCCAGCAAGAUUUGGUUAUAGACUUCCAACGGAAGGUUUAAAGGGUUUUUUGAUUAACUCAAAGCCAGAGAAUGCUUGUGAACCCAUAGCACCUCCACCACUAAAAGACAAUUCAUCUGGCACUUUUGUUGUGCUAAUUAGAAGAUUGGACUGUAAUUUUGAUAUAAAGGUUUUAAAUGCACAGAGAGCAGGCUACAAAGCAGCCAUAGUUCACAAUGUUGAGUCUGAGGACCUCAUUAGCAUGGGAUCCAACGACAUUGAUAUAUUAAAGAAAAUUGACAUUCCAUCUGUCUUUAUUGGUGAAUCAUCAGCAAAUUCUCUGAAAGAUGAGUUCACAUAUGAAAAAGGGGGCCACAUUAUCUUAGUUCCUGAAUUUAGCCUUCCUUUGGAGUACUAUCUGAUCCCCUUCCUCAUCAUCGUGGGCAUCUGUCUCAUCUUGAUAGUCAUUUUCAUGAUCACAAAAUUUGUCCAGGACAGACAUAGAGCUAGAAGAAACAGGCUUCGUAAAGACCAACUCAAGAAACUCCCUGUACAUAAAUUCAAGAAAGGAGAUGAGUAUGAUGUCUGUGCCAUUUGUCUGGAUGAGUAUGAGGAUGGAGACAAGCUCAGGAUCCUCCCCUGUUCCCAUGCUUACCACUGCAAGUGUGUAGACCCUUGGUUAACAAAAACCAAAAAAACAUGUCCUGUUUGCAAGCAGAAAGUUGUUCCUUCUCAAGGCGAUUCAGACUCUGACACCGACAGCAGCCGAGAAGAGAACGAAGUGUCGGAGCACACCCCUCUGCUCAGGCCAUUCGCCUCUGCCAGCACCCCGUCCUUCGGAGCACUGUCGGAAGCACACUCACAGCAGAACGUGACCGAGUCCUCGGAAUACGAGGACACGGACAGCAGUGACGCUGAGAACGAAGGUAGCGACCACAGUGUUGUGGUCCAGCUGCAGCCUGGUGAACAUGAUUACAACAUAGCAAACACCGUGUGACUGAGGUGGUGGUUGGUUUACUGUCUUCAGAAUGUUCAUUUAGGUAUAUAACUUGGUUUUCUGCCCCCUUUAGAUUUCUGUAGAAAUAACUUAUUUGCUAUUCUAGCUUCAUCAGAUGAUUGACACAGGCUUUGACCCCAUACUUCAUUUUACUAACAAGUGACAGACUAGUGCUGUAACUCAGGCAUCAAAUUAGUGCUUUGGGGGGUCAGAUACAGCCAGACAAUUUUGUUAAAUCCUGAGUACAGCUUGUGAUGAAGGCCCAGAUGACUGCAGUAUGCAUAGUGUGUGUUACACAGGAAGUCAGUGCCAUGGCCAUGUGGCGUGACCUGGGCCAGCGCACCUCCAUAAAGUCACCCGGCCUGCGGAGCUGGAUGCUUGCUCUGCCAUUUGCCCAGACUGCCAUCAUUACUAAGAGGCAGCAAGGUAACUGUGCACUUCUCCUCCUCUCAUCCCCACAGAGAAACACCAAACUGUCUUUCCUUCCUGUUCUCAAGUUGUCUUAUCCACAUAGGAAAGACCUGCAGUUAGUGUGGAUUUCAAAGUUACCUUUUUUUCUUUUGGUUUUUAGUACUGCAGUGUUGUGUGUGAACUUGACUCCGCUGUUCAAAGCACUGUCUGGCCGUUAGGCACAGCUUCCAGUGUCCUCAAGGGUUGUCUGCUGUGGCCAGAGCAAGGUCAAGACACUGCAUGUGAACACCACACUUCAGCAGCUGAUAACACUUGGUCAUAUACCUCUUGAUAAAGAGCAUCUCGUGCUAGCUAGCCCUGCUAAUAAACUACGUAUGGAGGAAAUUACCCAAAUAUUGGAUUUGGAAGUAAGUGCUGCUUAUGUUUAACAACUAAUGUAUUGAAACAAUGUAUUAUGAAAAAGCUAAAUCAUACAUUAGUGUAACUAUGUAAAAAAUACUUAUGUAUAAUCAAAAUGCCAAGGAUUUUUAUAUGGCCUUGAGUGAGGGGCGCUGGAUGUUAAUAAAUAUGUUUUCCACUCUAA